AGCCCAGGUACGUAAGCCCAUCGAAUCGGGUAUGAAAUAAGAAGCAGGCUCACAGGGUUUCGUUCUCCAUUAUUUGAGCAAGCGAGAGAAGGUAGGUCUUGAGUGCGUGCGGCUACACUCUCCUCUGCAACUUCACCACCACCAUGGCUGAACAAACUGAGAAGGCUUUUCUCAAGCAACCCAAAGUGUUUCUAUGUUCGAAGAAAUCUGGUAAGGGGAAGAGGCCUGGAAAAGGUGGAAACCGCUUCUGGAAAUCAGUUGGUCUUGGAUUCAAGACUCCCAGAGAAGCCACUGAAGGUACCUACAUUGACAAGAAGUGUCCAUUCACCGGCAAUGUUUCUAUCCGAGGUCGUAUCUUAGCCGGAACUUGCCAUAGUGCUAAAAUGAAUAGGACUAUUAUUGUCAGGAGGAAUUAUCUUCACUUUAUUAAGAAGUAUCAGAGGUAUGAGAAGAGGCAUUCAAACAUUCCAGCUCAUGUAUCACCUUGCUUCCGUGUCAAGGAAGGAGACCAUGUUAUUAUCGGACAAUGCAGGCCACUCUCCAAGACAGUGAGGUUCAACGUGUUGAAAGUGAUCCCAGCUGGGUCAUCUAGUGGUGCAGGAAAGAAGGCUUUUACUGGAAUGUGAGAUUUGAAUGACUUUCGUAGUAUAGAGAUCUUAUCAUCUAUGUUGAAAGUAAUUCUGAUUUCUGUAUGGUGAAAUUCUGAUCAAUUUUGGUUUGCUUUUGAAGUUAUGUACUGUGAUUGGAUAAGAUCUUCGUUAUUAUGUUUUUUCUUUGGACACAAUGUUAUGAUGGUUACUAAAUACUAGUUUCAAUUAUUUUGAA